UGAACAAUGACCCCAAGCAUACUUCCAAAGUUGUGGCAAAAUGGCUUAAGGACAACAAAGUCAAGGUAUUGGAGUGGUCAUCACAAAGCCCUGACCCCAAUCCCAUAGAAAAUAUGUGGGCAGAACUGAAAAAGAGUGUGUGAGAAAGGAGGCCUACAAACCUGACUCAGUUACACCAGCUCUGUCAGGAGGAAUGGGCCAAAAUUCACCCAACUUAUUGUGGGAAGCUUCUGGAAGGAUACCUGAACGUUUGACCCAAGUUAAACAAUUUAAAGGCAAUGCUACCAAAUACUAAUUGAGUGUAUGUAAACUUCAGACCCACAGGGAAUGUGAUAAAAGCUUAAAUAAAUCAUACUCUCUACUAUUAUUCUGACAUUUCACAUUCUUAAAAUAAAAAGUGUUGAUCCUAACUGACCUAAGACAGGGAAUUUUUACUAGGAUGAAAUGUCAGGAAUUGUGAAAAACUGAAUUUAAAUGUAUUUGGCUAAGGUGAGGUGUAUGUAAACUUCCGACUUCGACUGUAAAAUGUUUUUCUCCCACUGUCUUGACCGGACCCCAGCCUCACAGUUGACAAUUCAUUUGAAUAUGAUUUUUGAUGAUAAAAAUGUGUUUCUUUGAUAAUUGUUUUAAAGAAUAUGCAUUCAAUCAUUCAGAAUGCGUGUUGGUGCACGAUACAGUAUUGUUCCGAAUCUACGUUGACAACGAACCAGUUCACAGCACGUGUCCUCCAGAACCCGUUUUUCGCGCGCAAUUUUCGAGGUGGCCAGACAGUUCUGACGAAAACUUUUAUGACACAGUGCAACUGAAUAAUAUACAUAUUCUUUUUGACAAUGUCCCAGCUCCUCUUUGGAAAGCCAGCACGUACCUUUCAGUCUACACCAAAACCUUGUCAUCAUCAUCCUUCAUCACCCAAGGACCCUGAACAAGGACAUGGGCCAGAACAGAACAUCCCCGAUGAGACAUUUUCGUUUGUGACACUGGACGAAAGCCAUGGACAGCAACGUGAGGACUCCGGCAUCGACAUUUCAAACAUAUCCAAUAGACGUGACGUACACAACAGUAUCUCCAGCGAGCGCCCAGGUGAGGGGGCUACAACUGUUCUCAGUUCAACAAUAGAGGAAAUAGGGAAGAAGGCCCAGGAUCUGAUAGAGCGAAUCAACCAGAGCCGAGCCAUGGACCAGGAAAUCAUGACCACCUUCGAGAACAAGUUAAUGAAUAAGGUGAGUGAGGUGUGCCAACAGGUGAAGGAGCAGAUGUUCAGCAGCUAUGAGGAACAUGGCCGUGGGAUGGAGGCCAAUCUGCAGGAGCUGUCUGAGGUUCUGGAGCGGUGCAGUCAGCUCAGUAUGGAGCUGCAGGGAGCCAGUCAGACCUUAUCAGCCAUUAACAACAGCCUGCAGCGGACAGCUAAGAACUGACAUCUACCCAGCCAUUAAUUUAUUUGAACUGCCUAAUAGCAUCCCAACUUCUGGGAGGUCUGGAAUAAUUAAAGCAAUGCCUUGUUUGUUUGACUGUGGUAUAUGUCAAAUAUAACAUAAAACAGUGGUUGUAAACUGAGUGGGUGUUGGAAGCUUUUGUUUAUAAAAAUUAUUUAUUACAUAACUAGUGUGGAUAUUUUUUUGUUCAUACCCAUCACCAAAUAGCAUUAUAGAACAUAUUUAAUGGGCCAGAAUAUAGGUUUGUGCCCAGUUUAGAAUCAAAAACAUUCACCUUAAUGCCUAUGGGUCAGUCCACCAAUUCGCUGCCUUUGGAGAAGUGUAACUUGGUAUAAUUAUUAUUUUUUGAACAUGCUGUCAUAAAGAGCAGAGAACUUCAUUAAAGAAAGUUUUUCUAUCAAAAGAUGUCAAAUAAAAAUAAUUACUAUAGUAAGGGCAUAUUAAGUGCGAAAUAAAGUAACAGGGUUGAUGACUUCUUAAAGCAGCUAUAAAAUCCCUUGUGACAGGGGGAAUGGAAGCUUGUGUGCAACAGUGGCAAUUGAAUGCAAGCUUCACCCAACAUUAAAAUUGUUAAAACAUUUCUAGCCUGUCUAUCCAUGGGUAACGGGGUUGACGUGUUAUUCUAGCCUGUC